CUGACCGGGAAGCAGACGGGCGGCGGCCCCGCCUCGCCGCAGCCUCCCGGGAGCCGCCCGGCGGCGCAGCAGGGCCCGGCCCGCCAUGGCCGCGCCGUGCCGGACGCGCACGCUGCAGGUGGUGGACACGGAGUUCAGCGCGGACGCGGUGGAGUGGUGCCCGGUGGAGGGCUGGCACAGCAUCCUGGCCUGCGGCACCUACCACCUGCGCCCGCCCGACCAGAGCGAUUCCCGAGGGAGCAGCGGGGCCUGUGACCGCACGGGGCGGCUCUACCUGUACCACUACAACGAGGAGCAGCCCUACAUGCCGCUGACCGAGAUCCAGCGCAUCGACACGGCCGCCAUCCUGGACAUCAAAUGGUGCCACAUUCCUGUUGCAGAACAUCCCAUGGUUGGCAUCGCAAACUCUACAGGUGCUGUGGAAUUUUGCCACCUGACUGGAAGUGAGAAGAACAGCUGCAUGUUGGAGCCACGCUUCAGGGUGGAUCUCGGGGCACAGCGACUGGCCUUGUCCUUGGACUGGUCCACUGGACGAGAGCAGUGUGGAUGUCCUUUAAGAGUGAUCAGCAGUGAUUCAGAGGGGAAGCUGAAUCUUUUCUCCAUAGAUGAAUCUGCUCCUUCUGUGCAUGUCCUGAACCAGUGGGAAGCUCACAAAUUUGAGGCCUGGAUUGCUGCUUUUAAUUACUGGGACAUUGAUAUUGUGUAUUCAGGAGGGGAUGACAGCCUGCUCAAGGGCUGGGACACCAGGUGCAGUCCGGAGGCUCCAAUCUUCACCAGCAGGAGACAUUCCAUGGGUGUGUGCAGCAUUCAGUGCAGUCCCCACCGAGAGAAUCUCCUGGCCACAGGCAGCUACGACGAGCACGUGCUGCUGUGGGACACCAGGAACAUGAGGCAGCCUCUGGCUGACACCCACGUGGAAGGUGGGGUGUGGAGGCUGAAGUGGCACCCCACGUGUGACUUCGUGCUCUUGGCAGCCUGCAUGCAGAGUGGCUUCAAGAUCCUCGACUGCCGCGGGAGCCUGGCGGAAAACACAGAGGAAUGUAUCAUCCUGUCAUCCUAUGUCCUGCACAAUUCCCUGGCCUACGGGGCUGACUGGUCAAGGCUGUGUCCAAGGGAUUCCUUGCCUGCAAGCCAGGACCUUGCUGCUGCGUGCCAGCCUUCGGAGGAGCUCGUGGGAGCAUCAGGGCAAGGAGAGGAGAGGCUGAGUUUGCAGGUCCAGAACCUGAAGAUAAUUUAUGAGUCUCCUACAGCUACUUUUGAUGUAAUCCUGGAUGAGGAGAGUGAAAGCCCUGCUGUGGCACUCGCAGCAGGGGCAGGGCCAAAGCUGGCUGGGGAUCCUGGACUGGUCAGGGGCUCUGGUUUAAAGGGAGGUUUAGAUUUGGCUGCCCAAGGGGCAGAUCUGGGGUCAGCCAGCAGCUCUGAUUCAGGAGCCAAGAGACCCAAUGGAAUGGGCCUGGACAGAGGCAGUGACUCAGCCAGGUCUCCAGACAGCCCCAAAGAAAUGAGCAUUGUGGCCACUUGUUCUUUCUAUGACAACAUCCUCCAUGUCUGGAAGUGGGAGAUGAGCCUGGUGACCCCUCCAGAUGUGCCAAGUCCUGGAUCUGCGUCCGAAAGAACAGGUGAAAGUUUGCCUUGACCAGUCCCAAUGGAAGAGGGAGGCAAACUCCUGAACUGAGAGUGACAGCUGAACUUAAUGCCCUGAUUUCUGCUGGGCUUUCCCAUCUUACUGCUGAGCUUGGGAGUCCUUCGAGGCAAACACUGAUGGGAUUCCUGAUGUUUUAUUUUC